GGCUGCCGGCCAGCAGCUCCUCGGCGAUUGGCCCACGGCCACGCCAUUGAUGUGACGCGCUGUCCCGGACCUGUGUACCCACGUGUGGCGCGGCCGGGAGACACCGGUGAGCGGCGGAUCGGCUUUCGCGGUUCCGGAGAAGGAGUCCCUGCUCAGUCAUGCCUCACAGAAAGAAGAAGCCCUUUAUAGAGAAGAAGAAAGCUGUCUCUUUCCACUUGGUCCACAGGAGCCAGCGAGAUCCUUUAGCAGCAGAUGAGACUGCGCCCCAGAGGGUCCUGUUGCCCACCCAGAAGGUAAACGAUGAAGAAAGGCGAGCAGAGCAGAGGAAGUAUGGAGUCUUCUUCGAUGAUGACUAUGACUACCUGCAACACCUGAAGGAGCCAACUGGGCCCGCAGAGCUUAUUCCCAGCACCACAUCCUUCAGACUGUACAACAGUAAUGAGAGAGAAGAAACCCCAGCAUGUUCAAGCACUGGAAUUAAGUUGCCUUCAUCAGUGUUUGCAUCUGAGUUUGAGGAAGAUGUCGGAUUGUUAAACAAAGCAGCUCCAGUUUCAGGACCUCGCCUGGAUUUGGAUCCUGACAUUGUUGCUGCUCUUGAUGAUGAUUUUGACUUUGAUGAUCCAGAUAACCUCCUUGAAGAUGACUUUAUUCUUAAGGCAAAUAAGCCGACAGGAGAAGAAGGAAUGGAUCUGCCGGAAUCUGAGAGUGCGGAUGACCAUGAAUGGGAAGACAUGGACGAUGAGGAAGGGAGCGGAGAUGACUGUAGCUCUGCAGGCCUGCCGUCAGAUGGAGGAGACAGAUCUGCCCCCGGGUCACCUCGAGAAGCCAUCAGAAACCACCUGUUUUGGGAAGAGGAAACCAAAAGCCGUUUCACGGAGUAUUCUAUGACCUCCUCGGUCAUGAGGAGAAAUGAGCAGCUGACUCUGCAUGACGAGAGGUUUGAGAAGUUUUAUGAACAAUAUGAUGAUGAUGAAAUUGGAGCUCUGGAUAACGCAGAACUGGAAGGUUCCAUUCAAGUGGACAGCAAUCGGCUGCAGGAAGUUUUGAAUGACUACUUUAAGGAGAAGGCGGAGAAUUGUGUAAAAUUGAAUACUCUUGAGCCUUUUGAGGAUCAAGAUCUGCCAACGAAUGAGCUCGAUGAGUCUGAAAAUGAAGAGAUGAUCACCGUAGUUGUUCAGGAAAAGAAAGAGAAGUGGGAUUGUGAGUCCAUUUGCAGUUUAUACUCCAAUUUGUACAACCAUCCACAGCUCAUCAAAUAUGAACCAAAGCCCAGACAGAUCCACCUGUCUUCGAAAACGGGCAUACCUCUCAAUGUCUUACCUAAGAAGGGCCUGACGGCGAAGCAGCUGGAACGAAUGCAGAUGAUCAACAACAGUGACCUCCCCAAGGUGUCAACCCAGCCUCGGCCCAAAAAUGAAAGCAAAGAAGAUAAAAGAGCCAGAAAGCAGGCCAUAAAAGAGGAACGGAAGGAACGAAGAACUGAAAAGAAAGCUAACAAACUCGCAUUCAAACUGGAGAAAAGAAGGCAAGAGAAGGAGCUGCUGAACCUGAAGAACAUUGAGGGUCUGAAGCUGUAGGUGGGAAGAGUCAGUGUGAGUUGUCUUCCUCUUUCAGUGGUCUUCACUCUGCUCCGUAAUUAACCAGGGUCUUAAGGGAGGUAAACAUGGCCCUGUCAUUUUUAUAUGCAAAUAGCUGAGAAAAGAAUAUUUGUAUUGUUAUACAAAUGAGGUUCUCUUGUCAGCUACCUUGUAAAUAUGAUGUUUUGAGUUUACUAUUAUAAGCUUAUAUUCCCUCUGAGAUAAAUGACUUCAUGGAAGUGAAAUGUUUGGAUAAAUUAAAGGGAAUGUCUUUAUAACGUG